GUUGUUGCUGAGCAGUGCUUACUCUGAGUCAAGGACUUUCCAGUUUCCCAUGAUCUGCCAGUAAGGAGAUGCAGAAGGAGCCAGGAGGAGACACAGCCAGGACAGCUGACCUGAGCUGACCAAAGAGAUAUUCCAAACCACAGAACGUCAUGCCCAGUGUACAAACUGGGGGAGUUGGCCGGGAGGCGCCGGUCUCUGCUUUGGGAUGGGCUGGGCAUCGGUCAGUGGGUGGUGAGCAAUUGCACCGUGCAUCACUUGUCUGUCUUGGGUUUUGUUUCUCUCUCUGUUGUCUCCCUUAUCAUUACAAUUAUUAUUUCAUUUGAAUUAUUAAACUGUUCUUAUGUCAGUCCAUGGGUUUUACCUUUUUCCAGUCCUCCUCCCUCUCCCACCAGCGCAGGACAGGUAGUGAGCAGACGGCUUUGUGGUACUUAGUUGUGGGCUGGGGUUCAACCACAACAGUUACCUUGAAGUACCUUCGACAAAAUUGAGUUUACAGUAAAAUGUGUGGUCCAAGAAAGAGGACAAAGAGAAUCCAGAUGUUUUUUCACCUCCACGCUUAGUUUUCCACCAUGAGAAAAGGAUUAGCUCUGAACGCAGAAAAGAGAAGUCCAGGGAUGCAGCCCGGUGCCGAAGGAGCAAGGAGUCGGAGGUGUUCUAUGAACUCGCUCACCAGCUGCCUCUGCCCCACACCGUGAGCGCACACCUGGACAAGGCGUCCAUCAUGAGGCUCACCAUCAGCUACCUGCGCAUGAGGAAGCUGCUGGAUGCUGGUGAGCUGGAGACAGAAGCCAAAAUGGAGAAGGAACUGAACUGCUUCUACUUGAAGGCUCUUGAUGGAUUUGUCAUGGUUCUGUCUGAAGAUGGGGACAUGAUUUACAUGUCUGAAAACGUGAACAAGUGCAUGGGACUCACUCAGUUUGAGUUGACGGGGCACAGUGUAUUUGAUUUCACUCAUCCAUGUGACCAUGAAGAGCUGAGAGAAAUGCUUACACACAGAAAUGGUCCUGUGAAAAAGGGCAAAGAGCAAAACACGGAGCGCAGCUUUUUUCUCAGAAUGAAAUGUACACUGACUAGCAGGGGAAGAACAGUGAAUAUAAAGUCUGCUACGUGGAAGGUGCUGCACUGCACUGGGCACAUCCGUGUGUACGACACGUGUGGUAACCAAACUCACUGCGGCUACAAAAAGCCUCCCAUGACGUGUCUGGUGUUGAUCUGUGAACCUAUUCCUCAUCCGUCAAACAUUGAGGUCCCCUUGGACAGUAAAACGUUCCUCAGUCGUCACAGUCUUGAUAUGAAAUUUUCCUAUUGUGAUGAAAGAAUUACAGAGUUGAUGGGGUAUGAGCCAGAGGAGCUCCUGGGCCGCUCAAUCUAUGAGUACUAUCACGCACUGGAUUCUGAUCAUCUGACCAAAACACACCACGACAUGUUCACAAAAGGGCAGGUGACAACAGGGCAGUACAGAAUGCUGGCAAAACAAGGUGGCUAUGUCUGGGUUGAAACUCAAGCAACUGUUAUAUACAACACUAAGAAUUCUCAGCCACAGUGCAUAGUGUGUGUAAACUAUGUGUUGAGUGGAAUUGUUCAGAAGGACUUAAUUUUUUCCCUUGGACAAACUGAGUGUAUGCUGAAACCAGUGGAGUCUCCUGAUAUGAAAAUGACCAAAAUAUUCAGUAAAGAUGACCUGGAUGAUACCAACAGCCUCUUUGAAAAACUUAAACAGGAACCAGAUGCUUUAACUGUGCUGGCCCCAGCUGCUGGAGACACAAUUAUCUCUCUAGAUUUCAGCAGUAAUGAGUCUGAUGAACAACAAUGUGAUGAAGUUCCUUUGUAUAAUGAUGUAAUGCUCCCCUCAUCCAGUGAGAAAUUGCAGAAUAUAAAUAUGGCAAUGUCCCCACUACCUGCCUCUGAAACCACAAAGCCACUUCGUAGCAAUGCUGAUCCUGCACUCAAUAGAGAAGUUGUAUUAAAGCUGGAGCCAAACACAGAGCCACUCGAACUUUCUUUUACCAUGCCUCAGGUGCAAGAGCAACCAACCAGCCCUUCUGAUGCAAGUACCAGCCAAAGUUCACCUGAGCCCAGUAGUCCCAACGACUACUGCUUUGACGUGGAUAAUGAUAUGGCGAAUGAAUUCAAACUGGAAUUAGUGGAGAAACUCUUUGCCAUAGAUACAGAAGCAAAAAAUCCCUUCUCUACUCAGGAAACCGAUUUAGAUUUGGAGAUGUUGGCUCCUUACAUCCCGAUGGAUGAUGACUUCCAGCUGCGAUCCUUUGAUCAGCUCUCUCCGCUGGAAAGCAGCUCUUCCAGCUCUCAGAGUGCAGCCACCAUUACCAUAUUUCAGCAGACUCAGACGCCACCAAGUCCUGCUGAGGAGAUAAAACCGGCGGCGGAACGUCCGGACGACGCGAAGACAAUAAUCGUCCCCUCGUCUCCUGUGCACGUGAGCAGCGAAACGAGUAGUGCCCCGGCGUCACCUUACGGUGGGAACAGGAGUCGAACCGCCUCUCCAAUCAGAGCAGGGAAAGGAACAGUGGAUCAGACGGAAAAACCUUCUCCGGGAGCACCCAGCUUGCUAACAGUCACUCUGAAUAAAAGAUCUACUGCACUGGAUGAAGAACUAAAUCCAAAGAUGCUAGCUUUGCAUAAUGCUCAGAGAAAACGAAAAAUGGAACAUGAUGGUUCACUUUUUCAGGCAGUUGGAAUUGGGUCUUUAUUCCAGCAGACAGGAGACCGUGGAGGAAAUGCAUCACUUGCUUGGAAACGUGUAAAGGGAUGCAAAACAAAUGGUCAUAAUGGAGUGGAGCAAAAGACAAUCAUUCUACUAUCAACUGACAUAGCAAGUAAACUUCUAGGGCAGUCGAUGGAUGAGAGUGGACUCCCCCAACUCACGAGUUACGACUGCGAAGUAAACGCUCCCAUACAAGGCAACAGAAACCUGCUACAGGGGGAAGAACUGCUCAGAGCUCUGGAUCAAGUUAACUGAGCUUUCACAAAACUUGUUCCUUUUUUGGACACUGGUGAAUCAUCACCUAAAGCAGUCUAUUUAUAUUUUCUAUAUCUGAUUUUAGAAGCCUGGCUACAGUACUGCACUAAUUCAGUUAGUUCAGUUUUGAUCCCCUUUCUACUUAUUUUGACAGUCUUUUUAAUAUGUUCUUUAUGUAACAAUAACUCAAACUAUAGUGCAUUUUUAUAAUUCUUUGGUACAUACACUUUUAAGUCCAUUACAUUUAAAACACACUUGCAAUAGCAGCUUUGAAAUAUGCACCUAAUUUUAAAAAAAAAUUUAUUUUUUGGCUGGGGAGUUGGUCACCAAAAUUUAUCAUUAGUAAAAUGUCAACACAGGAAAAACUGGCAAUACUUCCAUGCUGCUUUUCAUAGGUAGUUGGAAGACUUGUGCUCUCUUACUCUUUACGUUCAAGUAAGUUUUUUAUUUUAAUAGUUUUUAUAAGAAACAACAAUGCUUUGCAGCAGUGCAUUGUAGCCACAAUCGCACAAUAUAUUUUCUUAAAAAAUACCAGCAGUUCCUCAUGCAAUAUAUUCUGCAUUUAUAAAAACUAGUUUUUAAGAAGAAUCUUUUGUUUGCCUAUGAAAACAUGUUUAAACCUGGAUUAUGUCAUUAUUUUAGUCACGUUGUAAUAUAAAUUGUUCUUAAAUGCUGUCUUACGCUUUUGACUUCAAUGAGUGUGGUUAGUCAAAGGAAAGGGUUUAUCUGGAAAGGGCUAGCAGCAUUUUAUUUGGAUAUGUUCUCAAUUUAGAGAAAGUUUGAUGUUCUUAAAGUAGUCACUUUGCCAGCUUAAAAAAAAAAAAAAAAUCCCUGCCUGUAGUUGUUGAAGUUAAUGCUAAUAUUGUGUAUGAUCUUAAAUCUAAAUGUUCAGCUUACCCUGUGUGGUAUAGGUGAUAUUUCAAGCAGAUUGUAAAACAUCUUGCAUUGUUAGCAGACUUUUAUCUAGUACAACAUUGAGUUGCUCAAUAUUUUGAUGUUUUGGUUUUAUGCACCUUGUUGCUAUUAACAUCCAUAUGUUUUCAUGUAGAUUUCAAUAACUUGAAUAUAUUUAGAAGCCUUUUUAUUUAGAAAUAUAUAGUUGUCACAAACAUCUUAUUUUCCUAUAUGUACUGUACAAAACCUUCAUUCACUCAUUCUUUUGCUCUUUGUGGUUGGAUCUAACACUAACUGUAUUGUUUUCUUACAUCAAUAAACUAUAUGUGGACCAGGCCCCCUUGGGGAGUGUGUUAUCUGAGAGAAAUGAGAUAAUUUAUAUUUUUGUUAGUGGUUAUUGUUCAUCCGUGUUCCCUUUUUAACUUAGAGUUGAUUGGAAAUCACUGCUUCCUUGUUUUGAUUGUAACAUCUCUGCGUUAAUUAUUUGGGCCUAUUCAGUGCUCCUAGACAGUGUUGUACUACCACUCGCCAAAGACGUUACACUUCUCAGUCUGUUAUCACACCAGUGAGCAAACUUGAAAGCGAGGAGGCAGCAUAUUUGUGUUACUGUAGAGCAGAAAGGUUCACCUUUAUGAACAGCUUGAAGGCUUGUCUCUGGAAGCUUUAUCAAGGUAACACAGGAAAGCAGGAAAAAAGUCAAAUUCGCAGGAGUGAAUCGAUCUAAGAUGGGAUUUUAUCACAAAACUCCGUGAUGAAAAAUUUAAGCUGGUACUUGAUAAAACUUAUUCUGCAUUCUUGUCCUGUUGACUCGGUGACUUUUCUUAGUUUGGUGUCAUAAAACACGAUGCUACUGGUAUAACCCUGUAUUGUGUAAAUAUGGUCAAGAUAUUCUGUGCAUUUGCCAAACUAUUUAAAAAAAAAACUUAUCAUGCUGUAAGUAAUCAACUGUGGAGUGUCACAGGAAUUACUUUGGUUUAAUGUUGUAAACUUUGGUUUCACUGCACUGCUGUGAAAUCAGUAUAAUAGUACAUAAGCUUAACUUGUUCUCUAAAAUGACUUUUUCACUGAAAGAUGCACUUUGCAAACUGCCACAACUGUAUUGAACCAAAAGGACACUCUUAGCAAGAUAAGGCAUUGGCAGCAUCAGGUGGUUACACACAUGUUACAAUUUUGAGUAGAAGUUGCACAGAGAGGAUAGAGUGUGUAGGGGCACUCAGCUGGAGCUGACGCUUGGUGCAGAGAACAUUUUCACUACAUACACCUGCCACUGAAUAGUACAGAUUUUUAAUGCAGCCCAUAAGGCUUACAAAGUUCUCUGGCUGGAAGCAGCAGAGCUCCGGCCUGCCUGCUGUGCGGGGUCUCGGGGCUGGCAUUCUUUCCAUGGCAUUUCUUUCUCUAUCAGCAGUUAAAAAGUUUAAACAGUGAAGUCCGGCUAAAGUCCCCGCAGGUGAAAGUGCAGCUGGGUUCCACUUUUUCUACUGCCCCCACAAGCUUUGAGCUGGCUGGGGGGGUUAUCCCUUUGCAUCUCCCAAGAGAAAUGCCACACCAUCCUGCUUGAUGGUGUUCUGCUGCUCUCUUGACCGUAUUUUGGAGGAACCUGACCUGCUUGGAUCUGUCAGUUCCUCUUCAGUGUACUUUAAGGGGGCAGUUAAGUUUUCAUAGAGAAAAAUCCAUGUUAAAAAGAGGAGGAAAACGGAAUGACCCACGAUUUGUGGUUGUGAGCCUGCUGGAAUCACAGAACUGUUUUGGUUGGAAGGGACUUUAAUCUCAUUCCAACAGUACUAUCAUGGACAGGGACACCUUCCACUCGACCAAGAUGCUCAAAGCCCCACCCAACCUUGCCUUGAUCAUCUCUGAUCUUAGUGACAGCAGCUGUGGAUUUAACAGAGCCAUGUUUCAUCUAAGAAUCUUCCCAACUCUCACAUUUUUUUUCUGUGCACAGUAACAAGGCACAGCAUUUCGUUUACAGGGAUGAACUGAGUAGCUGUUUUGGUUUACUCUAGGGAAUGAAACCCUAACUUAAUAAAAACUUACCAGACCUCCUAGAGACAGUGAAGAAGGCAUGGAAAAGUGAUAGUAAUUGCUCUGGCCUUGCAUGAGCUUUGGUAAAUGCAGAUGCCAUUUUGCAAAGCUAGAAGUACACCUUUCAGUUGCUUUUUUGGGGAGUUUGUUUUACUAGCUUUUUUUUUUUUUCCCCUGUUAAACUACAGGUUUUUCCCCCUUAGACUCCAGAAACGCACAGUCUGAUUCUAAACCUUCUUUGGAGGACAAGCUUCCAGAAUAAAUUGCUUCCUUAAUGUUUUCUUAUUGAUUUUGAAUACUUUCUUUGCUGCCUCGCUGCCUUUUAUAAAUGUAGAGAGGCACUACAUUAGAAAUUAGGAGGAAAUUCAUGACAGUGAGGGUGGUGAGGCACAGGCACAGGUUUCCCAAGGAAGCUGUGGAUGCCCCAUCACUGGCAGUGUCCAAGGCCAGGUUGAAUGGGCCUUAGAGCAACCUGGUUCAGUGGAAAGUGCAGCUGGAACUGCAGCUUGGAACUAAGUGAGUCUAAAGGUCUCUUCCCACCCAGACAUUCUGUGGUUCUAUGAUUUAUUCUUAGUCAUUAGUAGUUAAGAAGAAACUGUGGGUAAAUACAGUGUUUCCUCCUGCAUAUAGAACAUGCUAGAUUAGGUGGAAGUGAUAAACUGAGGAGAAUAACAAAGUUAGCUUCCUGGUUUUCCUGACUACAGCAGCAGUCAAGCCAGAGUUUCUUCAGGGCACAGCACAAUUACUAUUUUUACAUAAGAAUUCUAAUUGAUGUUUUAAUCUUCAACAGUGAUGAUUUUGCUAAAAGGUAAAGGAAUUCUUAAACUAGUAUUUAUGAUGAUAUUUUUCAUUCCUUUACCUGAAAGUAGUUGCAAUAGCAACUGUGGCUUCCCAGCAGUCACUUAAAUCUACUGUCCAGUAACUUAUCUUGGGUGUAAUAUACUGAGCAAAUUAAGGUCACCUGGAGUCCAAAGUACACCUUUCUAACAUACUUUCCUCUCACCUGGUGCAACUGGCUUGGACCUUGGUGAUCUUUGAAAACCUUAGAGUGAAAUGGAAACAAAUUACUAUUAAGUUUCCUUCCUUAAGUGUCUGUGUACACACAUUAAACUCUCACAAAGUAAUUACUGAAUUAAAGAAUCACAGAACAAUUUACACAUAACACUGGUGACAAUUGAAAGACUUCGGAGCUUCUUUUGGAUGAAAUUAUCAGCUCUGCUUGCCAUGAAAUACAACUAUAGGGUCAAAAACGUCUGAUAAUUACAGGUUAAACUAUUGCAUAUUUAAUAGUAAUUUUUCAUUAUUUAAAGAGCUGUUUAAUUAAUUAAACAGCUAAAUGAUUGUAGCUAAAGGCAGAACUGUGGGCUCUUCCACCAGUAUCUGUUGGCAAGUGUUCUCUGUUACACUGCUGAGUGAACCUUUUGCAGUGGGAGCUGGGAGCAUCCUGCCACUGUCAGCCAGGCUGGACAUGCCCCAGGUCAGCCAUCUGUUCCCAUUCCCACUGAUGAGCUGCUUCUGAGCAGAGCACACAUCUCACUCAAAUGUCACUGCACUUAAGCACAUUAUUGAAACUGUAAUUGUCCAGCAUGAAAAUAAACACUUCACAGGCCAGGAGUAGGAAGGUCAUUUUUUCAUAGGAAUUCACAUGAUUGAGUAUUCAGCUUUCAUUAAAAAUACUAUUAGCCAUUAGGCACUUGACUCCCUGGAAAGCUCCAUUCUGGAGGAAUAGUGAUUUUUGAUCCAAAUUCUAGAGAUGAGUUGUCAUUUACCUUCUGCUUCCCUGUUUACCUUGAGCAAGUUACCAAAAAGUUUAAGAGUUUGCUACUGGAUUUAUACAGUACAGUAGAUUUUGUGAAUAAUAGCAGUAUUCUCUCAUGAAGAAGUGGUAUAUUUUAAUGGAAUUCUUUUUUGGAACCAAGUACAACGUGUUGCAAUUGAUAUUUCUCUUGAAACAUUUUGACGUACUUGUGACUGUAUUUCUUUUUGAUUGUGUAACGGUAUAAAAUUCAAUAAAAGAGAGGGUUUGUUUCUAA